AUGUCUGCAAUUGAUAAAUUAUCCGUUAGUACUAUCAGAGGCUUGUCUAUUGAUGCCGUCAAUGCCGCCCAAUCAGGUCACCCAGGUGCUCCAUUGGGUUUGGCUCCAGCUGCCCAUGCCUUGUUCAGGAAAAUGAAGUUCAACCCACAAGACCCUAAAUGGAUCAACAGAGACAGAUUUGUUUUGUCCAAUGGUCACGCUUGUGCCUUGUUGUACUCAUUGUUGGUGUUGUACAAGUAUGACUUGACCGUUGAUGAUUUGAAGCAAUUUAGACAAUUGAACUCCAAGACUCCUGGUCAUCCAGAAAGAUUGGACACCCCAGGUGUUGAAGUCACCAGUGGUCCAUUGGGUCAAGGUAUUUCCAAUGCUGUGGGUAUUGCUAUUGCUCAAAAGCAAUUUGCCGCCACCUACAACAAACCAGAAUUCCCAAUUUCAGAUUCUAAAGUUUACGUUUUUGUCGGUGACGGUUGUUUGAUGGAAGGUAUCUCAUCUGAAACCUCUUCUUUGGCUGGCCACUUGCAAUUGGACAACUUGAUUGCAUUCUGGGAUGACAACAGAAUCUCAAUUGACGGUGAUACCGCUUGUGCAUUCACGGAAAACGUUCCAGAAAGAUACAAGGCUUACGGAUGGAAGGUUUUGGAAGUCCACGAUGCCAACACCAACAUUGAAGCUAUUUCCGAUGCUAUCGAUGAAGCCAAGAAGAUCACAGGUGCUCCCGUUUUGAUCAGAUUGGUGACCACUAUUGGAUACGGUUCUGAAAUUGCCGGUACUGGAAAGGUUCACGGUGCUCCAUUGAAGACAGAAGAUCUUGAACAAUUGAAGAAGAGUUAUGGCUUCGAUGCUGAGGAACACUUUUUCAUUCCUGAUGAAGUGGCCAACUACUUUGCUGAAAAGGUUGAAGAGAACAAGAAGGAACAAAAAGCUUGGCAGAAGUUGUUUGAUGAGUACAAGGCCAAAUAUCCAAAGGAAGGUGCUGAAGUCCAAAGAAGAUUGGACGGUAAGUUGCCAGACGGCUGGAAGAAGGCUUUGCCAACUUACACCUCCAAGGACAAGGCUGCCGCUACCAGAAAAUUGUCGGAAAACGUUCUUGAUGCUUUGUACCCAAUUAUUCCUGAAUUGAUUGGUGGUUCUGCUGAUUUGACUGGUUCCAACUUGACCAGAGCCGCCAACUCUGUUGAUUUCCAACCACCAUCGACUGAUUUGGGUAACUAUGCCGGUAGAUACCUCAGAUAUGGUGUUAGAGAACACGGUAUGGCUGCCAUCAUGAAUGGUAUUGAUGCCUUUGGUGCCAACUACAGAAAUUAUGGUGGUACUUUCUUGAACUUUGUUUCUUACGCUGCUGGUGCCGUUAGGUUGUCCGCUUUGUCCCACCACGGUGUCUUUUUCGUUGCCACUCACGACUCCAUUGGAUUGGGUGAAGAUGGUCCAACCCAUCAACCUAUUGAAACUUUGGCUCACUUGAGAGCUAUUCCAAACAUGUCAGUUUGGAGACCAGCUGAUGGUAACGAAGUCUCUGCUGCUUACAUCUCAGCCAUUGAAGGUGUACACCACCCAACCGUCAUUGCUUUGACCAGACAAGGAGUCCCACACUUGGAGCAUUCUAGUAUUGAAAAGGCAUUGAAGGGUGCUUACACCGUCUGGCCACAAGAAAACCCAAACAUCAUUAUUGUCUCAUCUGGUUCCGAAGUUUCCAUCUCCAUUGACGCUGCCAAGGAGUUGGAAAAGAAGGGUGUCAAGGCUGCAGUUGUUUCAGUUACCGACUUCUUUACUUUUGACAAGCAACCAAUUGAAUACAGAUUGGAAGUUUUGCCAGACAAUGUUCCAAUCUUGUCUGUUGAAGUCUUGUCGUCAUUUGGAUGGUCCAAAUAUUCUCACGAACAAUUUGGAUUGAACAGAUUUGGUGCUUCAGGUAAAGCCGGUGACUUGUACAAGUUUUUCCAAUUCACUCCAGAAGGAAUUGCCAAGAGAGCUGAACAAACUAUCAAAUUCUACGAAGGAAAGAAGAUUUACUCUCCAUUGCACACUGCUUUUGAAGAGUUGCCAUAG